AUGCGAGUCCCAUGUUCAAAUGAUUCAGAGACGCUGUCCAGCCUCCCGGAGGAGAUGAUCCCCGUGCAGCAGACGACCGAGGGACUCUCGACAAAGACGAUAGAGGAAGGACCGAAAGUCCAGCGGCCGACGAGCCCCUUACCACCCAAGUCCACCUCGAUCGAAGGAAAUCAACUUUCACAGCCGGAUACCGCCAGGAAGACUAAUUUCAACUUUGACGACCACCAAACCAACUUUCGCGUCAUUGUUUCGCCCAAGACUGACUACGUUAAAACUACUCACAAAGGUGGAUCGAGCGAAUCGAUGUCUGCGAUCCCAAUUGACGUUGCGGCAAUGAUAGUCGUCGGUGCGAUAGUUUCCAUUGGCCUGACUUCCGUUGCCGCUCUCAUGAUAUUUCACAUGCGCUCGCGAUUACUCAAGACCGCGCUAUCGAUCUACAAUCACGAGAAUGUCGAGAGGCAGCUUACGGAAAAGGAUAACACCUGCGGCAAGGACUUGGCUGUGACAAUUGGGACUUUUCCCCGCACUUUAACCAGAAUUAAUCCAGUGUAUAAUGCGAGCUCGGAUGCGAGUUCGGCUAUUUUGAGGUUUAACGAAAGCCCGGCCGAGUAUGCUAACAGUACUGUGACAAUCGGUGUUCGACUAUCCAGCAAUCUUCGUGAUUUAUUGGAAAGCCAGUAUGACAGACCGGCCUCCUGUUCCCACAGGAGCGCAGCAGCAGGCGAGAUGGACGUGGAGCACGUUUACGACGAGAUCCCCUUCUCGCCACCUUUUCACUUUGAGAAAGAUACGUAAUGGUCGAAGCGAAGAGACUACCAUCGCUUAUCGCGCAUUCUUCCUCCGAUAAUA